UUUUGCAGCGGACGGAGGAGGCCACCUUCUUCACCCGACGCACGGUGAGAGGCUCCAUAUCCUCCAUCCAUCCGUCCACACCGGAGCCUGCAUGCUCCGACACUUUAUCUCUAAUCUGCACGCACAGUUCUGCUUUUCAUCCGGCAUGUAACCCGGGUUUUUGCUCUUUUCCAGCCCGGUGUAUGUGCGGGUUUUCCCCCCAUGGAGGAGCAGUGAGGUCGGUGAUCCACCGCCCUGCAAGCUGCCGGGGAGAAACGGACCUCCACACCGACUGGAAUACACCCAAGUCGGGGAAGAACACGUCAAAAAUGGUCGGUGUUUGGGGCUCGGGAGGCUGCUUUUGCCGUGAUGUGAGCGCGGACGAGGCGCGUCAGGCUGCCGGGGAUGAUGGUGAAACCGUGCGGCUGUCUGGUGCUCCCUAGCCUCCCCUGUCCCUCGCCUCCCACCUGAUCUCCUCCUCCGCCUCCUCUCUCCUCCCCUCUGUCUCCUCCUGUUCACCAUGACGACCCCGCUGGAGAUGCUGCUGGAGCAGCCCGAGCAGGAGCUGAGCCCCGAGCGCCUGGACGGCUGCGAGGACAUCGGCGGCCGCUACAAGGUGGUGCCCUCUGUCGUCUGCUCCAUGUGCUGUCUCUUCGGCAUCAUCUACUGCUUCUUUGGCUAUCGCUGCUUCAAGGCAGUGAUGUUCCUGACGGGCCUGAUGUUCGGCUCUGUCGUCAUCUUUAUGCUCUGCUACAAGGAGCGCGUUCUGGACACCCAGCUGAGCGUGGAGGCCUCGGUUGGCAUCGGCCUCGGCAUCGGCACGCUCUGCGGCCUGGUCACCAUGCUGGUUCGCAGCGUGGGCCUCUUCAUGGUGGGCCUGCUGCUGGGCCUGCUGGUGGCCGUGGCCACCCUGGUGGGCAUGGAGGAGCUUUCCGACAGCCCGCCGCGCUCCGUCUGGGUGCCCCUGGGCGUGCUGCUUGGCCUGGGCAUGCUAUUUGCCGUGCUCACCCUGCAGUGGCAGCGCCUUUUUACCACGCUGUCCACGGCGGUGUUUGGAGCGGCGGUCAUCACUGUGGCGCUGGACUACUUCGUAGAGCUCUUCGCGCUCGUGCUGUACAUGUACGAGCGGAUGAAAGCGGCGCCUGGAAAGCCCGUGUGCUGGCUGACAUGGGUGGUGCUCGGGGUGUGGCCUGCCCUCACCCUGCUGGGUGUCAUGGUGCAGUGGAAGGUGACCGCUGAGGGAUACUCCCAUACCAAGGUGAUCAUCAGCCGGCAGCAGAGGAGGAUGCAGGUGAUGCGGAUUCGUCAGCGGGACGAUCGCUUUCGCAACAAGAAGAAGAAGAAGCAGCAGCACGGCUCCUCCUCCCACCAUCAUCACCAGGCCAAGCAGCUUCACCCUGAGCCCGCCUACCGCCGCAAACCCAACCCUAUCCGCCGCUACGACACAGACGUCCUCUCGCCGAGCUACAUUCAGAGUUUCCGAGACCGACAGGUGCAGGCGCAGCCCAUCCCGAGCCGGCUGGUCGGCGGACCCCACACGGUGGUGGAUGUAGGCUAUGACUGCGGCUCCACAGCGCCGCUCACCGGAGCUGCAGGACCUUCACUACGUGUCUGACCAAUCCUCCACCUCCCGGAGGCCUGAGCACGCCACUCUGCCAGGGAGGUCCAUGACUCUGCAGUCACUACGCCACCUAGGUGUCAUCACAAACCACCACUGGGUUCAGAAGGGUUUAAACAUCAUCUGGGUUCAGCCACACCCCCGAGAGGAUGAAAAUAUAUUUAGGGCUGGAUUUACCCAAAAUGCAAAACAUGUUUAACUCUUUUACUAAUUAAAUUUUGGAUUAUCAAGCUCGGCUUUCCUUGCGGCCACCUGCUGGAGCCCUCAGUGUGGUGCAGAGGCCAUGUUGACCUCUUUUCACAGUCAUUCAAAUGCACAAAUGCAUGCAUGCACUUACACAAACACACACCGCAGCUACAAUCUAAAGGGUCCUGGAAAACCUGAAGCAUCCCGCUGUACCUGGCCCCGGCCUGUUUGUCACCGUCUCAAGUCAAACCAGAUCAGGGAUCUCAGUUUCCGUGCUAACCCGCCUCAGGUUCAAAGUGAAAAAUCAAAAUACAACUUCGCCCUCAUUCAGCGUGCUGUUUUACCGCUGCCGCCGUUUUCAACUGAUGGUGCCGAAGCAACUUGUUCCUCAGCCUGUAGGCGUCCAACAAAGAUCAUCUCUAAAGGGAAGUAAGGGCCCUCAAAUGCAAACCGGGAUCUUUUAUUUGAUCUCUGUGCCAUCCAGACCACACAAAUCCUUGAAACAGGAAGAGACGUCUUUAAUAUUUAAAGGGGGUAACCCUUUGUCACCCUUGGUGCUGGACGAUACACUUCUUCAAGCGUCAAACUGCUCUCCGAUGGCCGGGGAAUCUGUUUAAACGGGUGCCUUGCCCCUCUGUGGACUGUACCACUCAGCAACAGGAGGGGGGUUACUGGCAGAUCUCCCAUCGAUGGCUUGUCUUUGCAUUAAAUGUGAUCACAGAAGGAUUUUUGAGCCAUGGAGCUACAACAAGCAGGGUAAAAACAUGUUGUUGGAGUCGAGUUGGCUUGUUGUCUCAACAGAUGCCUGGAUAUACGAGCAGGUUUUGCUUCAAGCCGACAGCAAGGAAGCCACAUGUACACUGGCAUCUCAUCUGAGAUUUAACACAUUAAAAAAGAAACAACAAUCCCCGAUAAUUUUACAACCUGAUUUUCAUCCCUGCUGUGCAAACUGUCUGUCCUCAAAGAGAUUAUUUACGCGGCUGAGUAGAGAAGUGAUAUUUAAGAUAUCUGUCACUUGUUCAAUCUAUCGUUGUGUAAAACUUGCACUUUCGUCAGGUUUUCUUCUUGUGCUGCAAUGCAAUCCAAAUCUGAGCACUUUAAAAACGUGCAGAAGAAACCGAUGAGAGUUAGAAAUCUUCUCUGGGACGAUCACAUUUGUACGGAGCCCGUACCCUCCUAAAGUUAAUGAUCUUGUUUUCACAAGAUAAAAGUCUCUAUGUUGUGUGCACAAGGUCAUUUUACUGUCUUGUGGGAACAAGUUAUUAUUAUGUGUGCACUUGAUGACUUGUUGUUAUCUUGUACGCACAUGAUAACUUUACUAUCUUUAGGGAACAAGUUAUUAUCUUGAUACACAAGUACAUACCAGAUACCUUUGUCUUGUGGGAACACGUUUUUACCCUGUGAGCCAUGAUGACUUGUUCCCACAAAAUAACCUUUUCCCACAAAACGAUAACUUAUAUAAGUUGUUAUCUUGUAUGCACAUGAUACUUUUACUGUCUUAUGGUCACACAAUUACUUGUUCCCAAUAGAUAAUAACUUGCUCCUACAAGUAACUUUUAUCUAACGAGAUGAUUUUUAUCUUGUGGUAAUAGAUUAUUGUCUUGCACAUUCUUGUGCAAACAAGAUAUUGUCUCUCAGAAACAAGUCUUCAGAACAAGUUAUUAUCUUGUGCUGACAAGAUUAAUUUCUCCCUCAAAAUAACUUUUAUACCAUAAGAUAACGUUUAUCUUGUGGGAACGAGUUAUUAUCUUGCCCGCACAAGAUGACUUGUUCCCAAAAAAUAACAACUUAUCCCCAAGAGGUGAUAACUUGCACCCACAGGAUAAUUUUACUUGUUCGCACAAGACAAUAACUUCUAAAAGUUAUUAACUUGUACAUGGAACAUAACUGUAUUGCCCUAUGGGAACAGGAGGACUCUUUUCCCACUUUUUCCCAAAAAAUAGAUAACGUCUUCACACGAAAUAAUAUCUUGUUUGCGCAAGAUAUCUUUUCUCUCACAAGAUAAAAUAUAUCUUAAGAGAUUAUAGUUAUUAUCUUUUGCACACAAGAUGACAAGAUGAUGACACAAGAUAAACAAAUCUGACCUUUGAGGACGUCGGGGUCCGUAGAUUUGUGUAAACUAAAAGGAUAAUUAAUCAUUGACAUUAAAAAUGUGUGUCCAGGCGGAGAUGCCAGUGUAAUUAAAGUUUAGAGAGCUGGAAUGAAAGGCGUGGACUAGUGGCCAUACCAACUUGUACUUAGAACCAACAACUCGUUCCAUCAUGUGCAUUGAUUUUCUUUAUUCGGGACGACAUAACAUUUCUGUCACCAGUGAAAAUGUGAAUACUUUGUAAUCGUCUUUACCUUUUUUUUAAAGGAACAACAAGCAAAUAUGGGGGGAAGGGGGGUGAAUGUAUGUUUUUAUUCAUCCGUGGGAAACAGAAAUGCAUGAUCUCACCCCUCCGUCCCGUCCCCGACCCGCCCUGCGAGGCUUCGUUUUGGCUCCCACCGAACACCCUCCACCCCCUCCAUGUGCAUCGAUGUGAAAUUUGUACAUAAAACACGGCACUUACUAACUUUUUGGGGGGUUAUUUUGACCAUUUUAUCAUUUCAUUUAAACUGUUUAUUUCUUAGGAAUCUAAUUUAAUUGUUCUUUUCCAGUGGGAUAUAUUUAUUUGCUGAUUUAUUUAUUUCUCGAGCUGUUCUGUAAAGGAGAGUGCAAUGUCAUCAUUGUAGGCCAGUAACUCCAUGCUUUUAAAAAAACAACAAAACAUGAAUUAUGGUUAUGAUUAUUAAAGCAUGUGUUCCUAUGGGCCUGUA